AUGGCCACCUCCAUGCAGGACCCGUUUGCUGCCUACAAGCAGCAGCAGGAUCAAUUGAAGGAUGGCCAGAAACAGACCGAGUACCGCGAGAACCUCAACUCGCGCUUGAUGUGCUCCGAGUGCAGAGAGGACCCCCCGAACUUGACCGAGGAGUUCUCCAGCGGCGACGUUGUUUGCGCCACUUGCGGCUUGGUCCUGGGCGACCGAAUCAUCGAUACCCGAUCAGAGUGGCGUACCUUUGCCAAUGACGAGAAUAAUGAUGACCCCUCGCGUGUUGGUGACGCCAUGAACCCUUUGCUCAACGGUUCUCAGCUCGAGACCAGCAUCGCCUUUGGCGAGGGCGGUCGUGCCCGAGAGCUGCACCGUGCUCAGAAUCGAUCACAGCUCGACAAGGCAACCAAGGGUCUACUCGCUGCCUACGGAGACAUCAGCUCUCUCUGCGAUGCUGUACACAUUCCAAAGACCGUACAAGAGAGCGCCAAGCACAUCUACAAGAUGACGGAUGAUGCCAAGCUCUUCAAGGGCAAGUCGCAAGAGUCCAUCAUUGCGGGCUGCAUCUUCAUUGCCUGUCGCCAGGCCCGCCUCGGUCGUACCUUCAAGGAAAUCCACGGCUUGACCAACGUGUCCAAGAAGGAGAUUGGCAGAACAUUCAAGCAGCUGGAAAAGUUCUUGAUGACUCAGCGCGAACACGACGCAGCCAACGCCAACCUCUACUCCCUUGAUACUUACGAAAACACCAAUUCCACUGGCGCCGAGGAGCUUUGUGGUCGUUACUGCAGUCAGCUCAACUUGCGCAACCCUCACCAGGUGGAGAAGUAUUCGAGACUGCUGGCAUCCAAGAGCUCCACGGUCAAGGACUUGGCUGGUCGUUCUCCACUUUCGGUGGCAGCAGCUUGUAUCUACAUGAUCUGUGCCUUGCUGGAUGAUCCUCGCCCGUCGCGUGAUAUUGCCACUGCCGCGGGCGUCAGUGACGGUACAAUCAAGACGGCAUACAAGUUCCUGUACCAGGCCAAGGGCGAUCUUAUUGAGAAGUCCUGGCUCAAGCCCGAUGGCCCGGGCAACCUGGCCAAACUCCCCACCAACUAG